AUGGUUCAGCUCAAAUAUCUUGACAUUGAGGACUGUAAGGUAAUGGAAGAGGUACUAUUCAUAGAAGACUUAGGAGAAGAAGAAAUAAUUCCAAAGGUGUUGUUCCCUCGACUGGAACACCUGGUUCUAAAAGAUCUUCCAGUCCUCAAAAGAUUCUGCGUAGGAAGCAAUAUCAAAUUUCCAUCACUGCAGGUUAUGGUGAUAGAACAAUGCACUAAAUUGGAGUCAUUCAUAUUCAAACCUGUUAGUUCAGGCAUGACAGUGAGCAAAGAACUUAAGAAAGUGAAUUCAGAGGAGAUCUCUCAUACUGCCAUGCAACCUCUCUUCAAUGAAGAGGUUGCAUUCCCUAGUUUGGAAACAUUGAAAGUCAUGCACAUGGAGAACUUGAAAAUCAUAUGGCACGAUCAAUUUGCUGAAAAUUCCUUUUUCAAGCUUCAAUCUCUAUUUGUUCAAUACUGUGAAAAUCUUGUGAACAUCUUUGAAUCUAAUAUGCUGACUAGAUUCCAAAGUCUAGAGACUUUAGAAGUAUCUUAUUGUGGUUCACUACAAGAAGUGUUUGAACUUCAAAGGCACGAUGUUAGAGAAUCACAUAUUGUGACAGCCAUUCCGUUAAAAACAUUGAUAUUGAAGAGUCUACCUAAAAUGAAGCAUGUAUGGAAUGAGGACCCCCAAGGAAUUUUCAGCUUUCAAAAUCUACAAGUAAUAAGAGUUUGUGAAUGUGAGAGUUUGAACAGUUUGUUCCCAGCAUCUUUGGCUAGAUUUCUCAUGCAAUUAGAGGAUCUUCGGAUAGUCGAUUGUGGAGUGGAGGAAAUUGUUUCACGGGAAGAAAUUGCAGAAGCAGCAGCAAGAUUUGUUUUCCCUAAAGUAACUAUCCUAGUACUUCGUAAAUUGCCAAAGCUCAAGUGGUUUUGCCGAGGGGUGUAUACUUCAGAAUGGCCAUUGUUGAAAGACUUGGAGGUGUCUGAAUGUGAUCAAAUUGAGAUAUUUGCUUCAAAAAUUUUGAACUUCCAAGAAACAGUUGAACGGAGCCAACUAGAGACCUCCAUUCAACUACACCUUUUCUUGGUUGAAGAGGUUGCAUUCCCUAGUUUGGAAACAUUGCGUUUGGAUCAGUGUGUGUUGGAAGACAAAGCUAUGAUUGGAGAGCUGAGAAAUUUAAAAAUUCUUAGCCUUGUUCACUCCAAUGUUGAACAGUUGCCAACAGAAACAGGGUUUUUGACUCGUUUACGGAUUUUGAAUUUAAGCAAUUGUACCAAACUUAAAGUGAUUCCACCAAAUGUCCUAUCAUGUUUGAUACAAUUAGAAGAGCUAUAUGUCGGCAAUAGCUUCACUCAGUGGGACGUUGAAGAACUCAACAAUGAAAGAGCUAGCCUUGCAGAGCUAAAGCAUUUGUCACGGUUGACUACUUUAGAAGUGCACAUUCCAGAUGCCAACAUGUUGCCAAAAGAUCUGUUAUUCGAGAAGUUGCAAAGAUACAAAAUAUUCGUAGGAGAUGUGUGGGAUUGGACUGAUAAACAUGAAAACUCAAGAGCACUAAAACUCAAGUUGAGUACAAGCUUUCAUUUGGAGAGGGGGAUUAAAAUGUUGUUGAAUGGUAUUGAAAAUCUGUGGUUGGAUGAGUUAAAGGGUGUUAAGAGCGUCAUCUAUGAAUUAGAUAUGACAGGCUUCCAACAACUGAAGCAUCUACAUGUCCAAAACAAUGUCGAGAUCAAGUACAUCAUCAAUUCGACUGGGAUGGUUAUCUCUGAUGUUGUCUUUCCUGUCUUGGAGAAACUCUCUCUCAAAAACAUGAUCAACUUGGAAGAAAUAUGUCACGGCCAGAUUCCCUUGGCAUCCUUUCGUAACUUAAGCAUUAUGAAAGUGAAACAUUGUGAGAAACUAAAAUUUAUCUUCCCGUCAACCAUAGCCAAGGGCCUUCCACAACUUCUAAAAUUGGUGAUACAAGAAUGUAGCAUAAUGGGUGCAAUAAUCAUAAAAGAAGAGGGCGAAAUAGAAGACAGAGAUAUGAUCUUGUUCCCUCAAUUGCGUCACUUAGAACUCCAUCAGCUUCCAAAACUCGUGAGUUUUUUAAACACACAAAAGUCAGUCAUAAAUGAUGCUGGAGAAAUCAUUCCCGAAUGCGAGCUGGAUUUUCACAUGCCAAUCCUACAGGAACAGGUUGUAUUCCCCAAGUUGGAAUCAUUGAAACUGUCCUCUAUACACUCCGAAGAGAUACCGCACAACCAACAUCAUGCAAGCUCCGCUUUCAAAUUAGCAAACAUACAAACAGACUCAAGAUUUCAAAAUUUGUGUUACUUGACCGUGAAAGGCUCUGGCAAUUUAAAAUACCUGCUGUCUUCCUCUACAGCGAGAUUUAUGGUUCAGCUCAAAUAUCUUUACAUUGAGGACUGUAAGGAAAUGGAAGAGAUACUACUCACAGAAGACUCAGGAGAAGAAGAAAUCAUUCCAAAGGUGCUGUUCCCUCAACUGAAAGACCUGUUUCUAAAAGAUCUUCCCGUCCUCAAAAGAUUUUGCAUGGGAAGCAAUAUCAGAUUUCCAUCCUUGACGGGUAUGACGAUAGAACAAUGCCCUAAAUUGGAGUCAUUCAUAUUCAAACCUGUUAGUUCAGAGGAGAUGAAUUCAGAGGAGAUCUCCCGUACUACCAUGCAACCUCUCUUCAAUGAAAAGGUUGCAUUCCCUAGUUUGGAAACAUUGAAAAUCAAGCACAUGGAGAACUUGAAAAUCAUAUGGCACGAUCAAUUAGUUGAAAAUUCCUUUUUCAAGCUUCAAUCUCUACUUGUUGAAUACUGUGAAAAUCUUGUGAACAUCAUUGAAUCUAAUAUGCUGACAAGAUUCCAAAGUCUAGAGACUUUACAAGUAUAUAAUUGUGGUUCACUACAAGAAGUGUUUGAAAUUCAAGGGCACGAUUAUAGAGACACACAUGCCGUGACAGUCAUUCCUUUGAAAAGAUUUUAUUUGCGUCAUCUACCGAAGAUGAAGCAGAUAUGGAAUAAGGACCCUCAUGGAAUUUUCAACUUUCCAAACCUACAAGUAGUAAGUGCUUGGGAAUGUGAGAGUUUGCAAAGUUUGUUCCCAGCAUCUGUGGCUAGAUGUCUCAUGCAAUUGGAGGAUCUUCGGAUAGCCGAUUGUGGAGUGGAGGAAAUUGUUUCACAGGAAGAAAUCGCAGAAGCAGCAGCAAGAUUUGUUUUCCCUAAAGUAACUCUCCUAAUACUUCAUAAAUUGCCAAAGCUCAAGUGGUUUUACCGAGGGGUGCAUACUUCAGAAUGGCCAUUGCUGAAAAAAUUGGAUGUGUAUGGAUGUGAUCAAAUUGAGAUAUUUACUUCAAAAAAAUUUAGAAAUGAAGAACCAGAUGAACAGAGUCUAUCAGAGACAUCCAUUCAACAACGACUUUUCUUGGUUGAAGAGGUUGCAUUCCCCAAUUUGGAGACAUUGAUAAUCUCCUAUAUGCCUAACCUGAAAAUUAUAUGGCAUGACAAAUUUGCCCCUGGCUCUUUUACAAAGCUUCAGUCCAUGAAGGUUCAAUUCUGUGAAAAUCUUAUGAAAAUCUUCCAAGUUAAUAUGCUGUCAAGAUUCCAGAGCUUGGAGUCCCUUGUAGUAGCAGAUUGUGGUUCGGUACAAGAAAUAUUUGAACUACAAGGGCAAGAAGUUACAGAAACACGAGCAAUAAUAGUGACUCAAUUGAAAAAAUUAUUUAUGCAUCGUCUACCGAAGUUGAAGUGUGUAUGGAAUAAGGACCCCAAAGGGACGUUCUCCUUUCCAAAUCUACAAAAAAUAAGUGUUUGGGAAUGUGAGAGUUUGAAAAGUUUGUUUCCAACCUCAUUGGCUAGAUGUCUCAAGCAACUGGAAGAUCUUCAAAUAGCUGAAUGUGGGAUUGAGGAAAUUAUCGAACAAGAAGAAGGUGCAAAAGAAGAUGCCAGGUUCAUGUUCCCUAAAUUGACUCUCUUGAUGCUUCGACAAUUGCCAAAACUCAAGUGGUUUUACCGAGGGGUGCAUACUUCAGAAUGGCCGUUAUUGAAAACCUUGGAGGUGUCUGGAUCAAAUGAAAUUCAAAUAUUUGCUUCAAAAGAAUUUAGAAUCGAAGAACCAGAUGAACAAAGUCAACUAGAGACAUCCAUUCAACAACCACUUUUCUUGGUUGAAGAGGUUGCAUUCCCUAGUUUGGAAACAUUAACAGUCAUGCACAUGGAGAACUUGAAAAUCAUAUGGCACGAUCAAUUAGCUGAAGAUUCCUUUUUCAAGCUUCAAUCUCUAUCUGUUGAAUAUUGUGAAAAUCUUGUGAACAUCUUUGAAUCUAAUAUGCUAACAAGAUUCCAAAGUCUAGAGAGACUUGAAGUAUCUUAUUGUGGUUCACUGCAAGAAGUUUUUGAACUUCAGAGGCACGAUGUUAUAGAAUCUCAUGCUGUGACAGCCAUUCCGUUAAAAAGAUUGAUGUUGCAUAGUUUACCGAAAAUGAAGCGAGUAUGGAAUAAGGACCCCCAAGGAAUUUUUAGCUUUCAAAAUCUACAAGAAAUAAGUGUUUUGGAAUGUGAGAGUCUGCAAAGUUUGUUCCCAGCAUCUGUGGCUAGAUUUCUCAUGCAAUUGGAGGAUCUUCAGAUAGACGAUUGUGGAGUGGAGGAAAUUGUUUCACGUGAAGAAAUUGCAAAAGCAGCAACAAGAUUUGUUUUCCCAAAAGUAACUCUCCUAGUACUUAGUAAAUUGCCAGAGCUCAAGUGGUUUUGCCGAGGGGUGCAUACUUCAGAAUGGCCAUUGCUGAAAGAAUUGGAGGUGUCUGAAUGUGAUCAAAUUGAGAUAUUUGCUUCAAAAAUUUUGAACUUUCAAGAAACAGAUGAAGAAAGCCAACUAGAGACCUCCAUUCAACAACCUCUUUUCUUGGUUGAAGAGGUAAGAGGCUAA